AUGGUCUCCAAAACUGAUUCCGGAAAGACGUAUCGCAACGAGUGUACAGGACAUGCUCUCGAGACCGUAAAGUCUCAUACAGAAGAUCAGGACUUGACCCUCUUUGGAAGCUGCUUCUGCCCCUUCGUUCAACGGGUGUGGGUAAGCUUUGAAUAUUUGCAGAUCCAGUACAAAGUACAUGAAGUAGAUCCGUACAAGAAACCCAAAGAUCUUCUCGAGGUUUCACCAAAAGGCCUCGUACCAGGGCUCAAAUUGAACAAUUUUCAUCCUCCGAGAGCUCUCAAUGAGAGCACUGUGAUUCUAGAAUACAUCAACGAUCUUGCGGUCACUUCCAAUGGUCGCAGCCUUUUGCCUCCCACAACCAACCCAUGCAAUAUAACAGAUGCCCGAGCACUUGUCAGACUGCAAUGCGACCAUGUCAAUCGCUCACUAGUUCCUUCUUUCUAUCGAUAUUUACAAGCACAAGAUCAAGAUUCGCAAAUAAAUGGAGGAAAAGAAUUUCAUGAAUCAAUCGAGGGCCUUGUUGAGCUUUUAGAGCGUACCGAGAAGGAAGUUGUUCGAAUUGACGGAGUUUCUGGUGCGGGGGAAAGGAAAGCUCUCGCUGUUGGGUUGGGUUUAUGGAUUCCUGAAAAUGAAGAAGACCUUGGCCUUUACAGAGGGUUCGAGCUCCCCCGUGGAGAAAAGUUCGACAGAUGGACAAGUAAACUCUUCAACCAUCCAAGCUUCAAACGCACCUGCAAUACAGAAGAUCUGUAUUUGGAUAGCUAUGAAAGAUACGCAUUUAAUCGCUUAAAUACGAGCCAGGUAGCGAAUGCCGUGAAUUCCGGUCGGGGGCUACCUUAG